UGUGUUCAUGCUCAUUGUUCCUUAGUUUCCAAUAUUGUUGAGAAAAAAAGCAGAGACAUAUAGUAAUAUAAUAUGGCUCACCCAAUUCACCAAGCAAAUGAAAACAGCCCUUAUGGAGACCUCACAAGGGAAGAGUUCUACAAAAAGCACCAUAUACUCCAUGAACAGAGCUUCAUGUUGAACCAGCAAAACAUGAAAAUAUUCACUCAGUCUUGGCGCCCUAAUUUGGCUCCUCGGCUUCGAGGGCUUGUAGCCAUGGUUCAUGGCUACAACUCCGAGAGCAGCUGGCUCUUCGAGCUGAAUGCAGUAGCCAUAGCCAAAGCCGGGUUCUACGUCUGCGCUCUUGACCUCCAAGGCCAUGGCUGCUCGGAUGGCUCACCGGGGCACAUCCCCAACAUCCGUCCGGUGGUCGAGGAUUGCAUAGAGUUCUUUGACUCAGCUCGAGCCGACCAUCCAAAGCUCCCGGCUUUUAUAUACGGUGAAUCACUGGGAGGUGCAAUUGCUACACUCAUAUGCCUGAAACAAAGAUACCAAUGGGAUGGUUUGGUGCUAAAUGGAGCCAUGUGUGGAGUUUCGAAGAAGUUCAAGCCGGCUUGGCCACUCGAGAAGCUGCUUCCGGUGGCGGCUCUCUUCGCGCCAAAUUGGAGAAUAGUGAUCUCAAAGCCGGUUGCUAGUAAAUCAUACAAGGAGGAGUGGAAGAGAAGGCUGGUGGCGAAGAGUCCGAGCCGCCGGACCGGUGGGAAGCCGCCGGCCGCGACCGCCCUCGAGUUUAUGAGAGUGUGCGAGUAUAUCAAGAGGAAUUGCCAUGGCUUGGAGGUUCCGAUGUUGGUCGUGCAUGGUGGGGAUGACACGGUUUGUGACCCAAACUCUGCUAGGUUUGUGCAUGAAUCAGCAGCUAGUAAAGACAAGAGUGUGAAGAUUUUUUCGGGUAUGUGGCACCAACUGAUUGGUGAGCCAAAUGAGAGUGUGGAGUUGGUGUUUGGGACUGUACUUUCAUGGAUUGGAGAGCGAGCUGACAAGGCCAAGACCAACUCAUGCCCAUUGAUGCCAAGUCUAGAUUUGGAGUAUGCCAUAUUGACAAAGUAGAAGAUUGUGACCGAUUAAAUCUUGGUCACUCUCAAAAAUAAAAUUUACCAUUCGACAGGAAUACUUACCUUCUUUUUUUCCCAAUGUUUUCCUACAUUUUAGAUCUUAAAGAAAUAAUUUAAUUGACAAAGUCUUCAAUGUAAUUUUUUUUUUUUUUU